AUGUACCAGAGCCUGGCCAUGGCCGCCAACCACGGCCCCCCUCCUGGGGCGUACGAGGCGGGCGGCCCCAGCGCCUUCAUGCACAGCGCGGGCGCCGCGUCCUCGCCCGUCUACGUGCCCACCCCGCGGGUGCCCUCCUCGGUGCUGGGCCUCUCCUACCUCCAGGGCGGAGGCGGCGGCGCCGCGUCCGGAGCCUCCUCCGGCGGCAGCAGCGGUGCGGCCCCGUCGGGCGCGGGGCCCGGGACCCAGCAGGGCAGCCCCGUGUGGAGCCAGGCCGGGGCCGAGGGCGCCGCCUACACCCCGCCGCCCGUGUCGCCGCGCUUCUCCUUCCCGGGCACCACCGGGUCCCUGGCGGCCGCCGCCGCCGCCGCCGCGGCCCGGGAAGCCGCCGCCUACGGCCCGGGCGGCGGGGCGGCGGGCGCGGGCCUGGCCGGCCGCGAGCAGUACGGCCGCGCCGGCUUCGCGGGCUCCUACUCCAGCCCGUACCCCGCCUACAUGGCCGACGUGGGUGCGUCCUGGGCCGCGGCCGCCGCCGCCUCCGCCGGCCCCUUCGACAGCCCGGUCCUGCACAGCCUGCCCGGCCGCGCCAACCCCGCCGCACGACACCCCAAUCUUGUAGAUAUGUUUGAUGACUUCUCGGAAGGCAGAGAGUGUGUCAACUGUGGGGCCAUGUCUACCCCACUCUGGAGGCGGGAUGGGACAGGGCACUACCUCUGCAACGCCUGUGGCCUCUACCACAAGAUGAACGGCAUCAACCGGCCCCUCAUCAAGCCCCAGCGCCGGCUGUCCGCUUCCCGCCGAGUGGGCCUCUCCUGUGCCAACUGCCAGACCACCACCACCACGCUGUGGCGCCGCAACGCGGAGGGCGAGCCGGUGUGCAACGCCUGCGGCCUGUACAUGAAGCUCCACGGCGUUCCCAGGCCUCUUGCGAUGCGGAAAGAGGGGAUCCAAACCAGAAAACGGAAGCCCAAGAACCUUAAUAAAUCUAAGACGCCAGCAGGUCCCUCGGGCAGCGAGAGCCUCCCUCCCACCAGCAGCGUUUCCAGCAACUCCAGCACCGCGACCACCAGCAGCAGCGAAGAGAUGCGCCCUAUCAAGACAGAGCCAGGGCUGGGGUCCCAUUACGGCCACAGCAGCUCCAUGUCCCAGACGUUCUCGGUCAGCGCCAUGUCCGGCCACGGGCAGUCCAUCCACCCGGUCCUCUCGUCCCUGAAGCUCUCCCCGCAAGGCUACGCAGCUUCCGUCAGCCAGUCACCGCAGGCCAGCUCCAAGCAGGACCCUUGGAACAGCCUGGCCUUAGCCGACAGUCACGGGGACAUAAUCACCGCGUAA